GUUUUAAGAUGCGCUGCUGAACCUCAAUCUUCUGUUCUGAAGACAUACAUUCUACGCACGUUUCGACUUGGCAGUGACUGCAGAUUACCACGCCGCUCACAACCUUCGUUGUGGCACAGAUAAAGUACCUUACGUCAUCCAUUACCCAAACAGCUUGAUUCGCCGCUUCGCCCCAGUCACCAAGCAAAGGUUCGACCCAAACAGUCAAUCCCUUUCGCAACAACUCCGACUCGGUGCCCAUCAUGGCGGUACCGAAACGCUUCCUGCUGUUGGCAGCAGCGGCAUUUACGUGGUUUAGUCAGCGGUAUGCGCCUACGGUCGCUAUCUCGCGGGGCUACAUCAAGAACACUAUUGCGCUUUUCGCAAUCGCCGUAUUCAUCCAAUUGGCGUGGGGCAUAGUCAUCUAUCCAUUGUUUUUUAGUCCGCUGAGGGGGUUGCCUACGCCGCCGGACUCGCAUUUCCUAUUCGGCCACUUUCAGCGCAUCUACAAGGAUCCGACUGGUGAGCCGCAAAGAGAUUGGAUUGACAACGUGCCGAAUGAUGGCGUGUUGUAUUAUCGGUGGUUGUUCAAUGAGCCGCGGAUUCUGGUGACGAAUCCAAAGGCGAUUGGGGAGGUGCUGGUGCAGAGGAACUAUGAGUUUGUUAAGCCAAGUAGGGUGAGGAAGGGGUUGGGUAGGUUGCUUGGGGUGGGGAUUUUGUUGGCGGAGGGGGAUGAACAUAAGCGCCAAAGAAAGGCACUCAUGCCUGCGUUCAACUUCCGACACGUCAAGGACUUGUAUCCAAUCUUCUGGAGUAAAUCACAGGAAUUUACGGACAAGCUUUCUGAAACCAUCAAGAACAGCCCCGAUGGGUCAUCCGUAGUCGAAAUCGGUCAUUGGGCUUCCCGCGCCACCCUCGACAUCAUCGGUGUCGCAGGAAUGGGCAAAGACUUUGAUGCCAUUAGCAACCCGUCCAACGAACUCAACGAAACCUACCGCAAGAUCUUCGCCGGCGCUCGUGGUGCUCAACUCGUCCAGGUAUUACUCAACCUGCUACCCCACUGGGUUGCCGUGAAUCUUCCGUUGGCGCGCAACGACAUAAUCGGCAACGCAGUUGACACCAUCAAGAAAGUCGCUAGGGAUCUCAUCCACGACAAGCGCGAGAAGCUCCAAUCCGGCGAAGCAAAAGGCAUGGACAUCUUAAGCGUAGCCAUGGAGUCCGGUGGUUUCAGCGACGAAGACCUCGUGAACCAACUCAUGACCUUCCUCGCCGCUGGCCACGAAACCACCGCCUCAGCCAUGUCAUGGGCCGUAUACCUCCUGUGCCAAAACCCCGAUGUGCAGACACGCCUACGACAAGAAAUCCGCGCGGAGCUGCCCGAAGCAUUACAACCAGGUGGCCAAAUUUCUUCGACAGAGAUCGACAGACUACCAUAUCUAAACGCCGUAUUACAAGAAACCAUGCGUAUCUACCCACCCGUCCCCCUCACCCUCCGCGAAACAGCCCACGACACCACCAUCCAAAACCACUUCGUCCCCGCCGGCACAACUGUAGUAAUCUGCCCCUGGGCCAUCAACACCUCGACUCACCUCUGGGGUCCAGAUGCCCGCUCCUUCAAUCCCGACCGCUGGAUGCAGCCUGGUACUGCUAACACGGGCGGCGCGGAGUCGAACUAUGCCAUUACGACCUUUUUGCAUGGGCCGAGGAGUUGUAUUGGGAUGCAGUUUGCGAAGGCGGAGUUUGCUUGUUUGGUGGCGAGUUUGGUGGGGAGGUUUGAGAUUGAGUUUGAGGAGGAGGGGCAUGUGGCGGAGGUUCAGGGGGGGAUUACGGCGAGGCCUAAGGGGGGGUUGAAUGUUAGGUUGAGGGAAGUUGGGGGGAAGGAGAAGGCGUAGGUAGGGAUAUAUGAUCUGAGCAAUACAUGAUCGGAGUUCAUAAGAAUUCUUCAUGUACACGACCAAGGUUCCUCGCGAGAAGAUCUUUCAGGCUCGUGUUCGAAAGGUAGAAGGAGUUCAUGGGAAUGGUGUAAUCCGAGAUGCACAUGAAGCUAUGUUUUCCUGUUUGGGUUGGACCUUAACAGUAAUUGGCUCGCGACCCCAGCAGGCGCUUGGUCCAGCUGCCGCGCACGACGUACCUCUGGUACUCUCUCAUGUUAGAAGAUCUUACCUUCCUUGCGAUUCCGACGUGGGGUAACAGAAGACCUUCACCAACCAGCAAGGACCAUCCUAGACGUUCGCUGCGAGACGAGCCGCCGGUGGGGGUGGGAGCGCGCGCUAUUGGGCAUAGAACCGUCGACAACACCCUGGAGUAACCACCCGUUAUGGAAAAGCUGCAAUCUCCGAGUUACUGCAUCAUGUACAGAAAAUCAAGG